AAAUAGCAGGAAGUGAUUAUUUUGCUAGGAAACUGUGUGAAUUUUCUUGUGUAUUGCAUUGCUUGUCAAUAAUAGUGCGUGCCUAGUGGAUUAAUUUGAAUUUUCAAGGAACAAAGCAGCCUGUUAGUGCUAUAAGGAUGAAACGAGGAGGAAGAGAAGGAGAUACAGGCAGUGAUUCAGACAUGGAGGAUUUUGGAGAGAUAGCUAAGAAGUUUAAACCUAUAGAGCAGGCUUCAGCAAAUGUGGACUGGAGUAAUCUGCCGCAGCACAUUAUCCUCUAUGUGUUUCAGUAUUUACCCCUUCUCGAUCGAGCUCAUGCAUCACAAGUUUGCAGAAACUGGAAUGAGAUUUUUCAUAUGCCAGACCUCUGGAGAUGCUUUGAAUUUGAACUAAAUCAACCAGCAUCAUCAUAUUUGAAAUCCACACACCCUGAUCUGAUAAAGCAGAUUAUCAAGAGACAUUCUAAUCAUCUGCAGUAUGUAAGCUUCAAGGUGGACAGCAGUAAAGAGUCAGCUGAGGCAGCCUGUAAUAUUCUUUCACAGCUUGUGAACUGCUCACUAAAAACACUUGGACUUAUCUCUACUGCCAGACCCAGCUUUAUGGAUAUGCCUAAGUCCCACUUCAUCUCUGCACUCACUGUAGUGUUUGUGAACUCCAAACAUCUUGCUUCACUGAAGAUUGAUGAUACACCAGUAGAUGACCCCUCUCUUAAGGUUCUUGUGGCUAACAACAGUGACACCCUGAAAUUGUUAAAAAUGAGUAGCUGCCCUCAUGUGUCUCCAGCAGGUAUUCUCUGUGUGGCUGAUCAGUGUCAUGGCUUGCGUGAGUUAGCUUUAAACUACCAUCUCUUAAGUGAUGACCUCCUCCUUGCUUUAUCAUCUGAAAAACAUGUCCGACUGGAGCACCUAAGAAUUGAUGUGGUCAGCGAGAACCCAGGCCAGACGCAUUUCCAUACUCUCCAGAAGAGUAGUUGGGAUGCCCUUAUUAAACAUUCUCCCAAAGUCAAUUUGGUUAUGUACUUUUUCCUGUAUGAUGAGGAAGAAUUUGACCCAUUCUUUCGGUAUGAAACACCAGUUACCCAUCUUUACUUUGGGCGGUCAGUAAGUAAGGAUGUUCUUGGUCGAGUUGGAAUGUGCUGCUCCAGGCUGGUUGAGUUGGUUGUAUGUGCUAAUGGCUUAAGACCACUGGAUGAGGAGCUGAUCCGCAUUGCUGAACGAUGCAAGAAUUUGACAGCCAUUGGCUUAGGCGAAUGUGAGGUGUCAUGUAGUGCCUUUGUGGAAUUUGUGAAGAUGUGCGGGAAACGUCUGUCUCAGCUGUCAAUAAUGGAAGAAGUUUUAAUACCUGAUCAGGACUAUAGCGUGGAGCAGAUUCACUGGGAGGUGUCUAAACAUCUGGGUAGAGUCUGGUUCCCUGACAUGAUGCCCACUUGGUAAAGUAAAUUCACUAAUGUUGUCCCCAAGAACUUGGUUUAGUGAAACUCUAAUCAGUGUAUAGCACACUGGUGACAUUCUGUCAGAACUGUGUCUAAUGCAAGGUGAUAAUCGCAUAAUGAACUAAGAUAACAAGUAGUCUUAUUUAUUAGGACACUGGAUGUGCCCUUAAUAAAACUCUUUUUAGAGUCAGGGUUUUAAGCUAAUGAGGUUUCUGGAAUAGGUAGCAACACCAGGGACCAGUACAUUUUUUCCUGUCAGCAGUCGGUCUUCAUUUCUUUUGUCUUUUUGAUUUGAUUAUUUUGCAAGUAGUUUAUUCUUUAAAAUUAAUCUAGUGGCACUUUAUAUCUCUUUACAUAUGUAUAUUAAGCAGUGAAAACAGACUGAGCAGGCUGUACAGGUUGAUGAUGUAUUCUCACAGCAGUGCAUUAUAAUAUAAAUGCAUUUUCAGGUUUUAUAAUUAUCUGUGGGGGGGGCACUUUUUCCCAUGUGACCCAUACAUGAAUGCACACUCACUCACUGGUGUGUGUGUGUGUGUGUGUGUGUGUGUGUGUGUGUGUGUGUGUGUGUGUGUGUGUGUGUGUGUGUGUGUGUGUGUGUGUGUGUGUUGCUUUUGAUUGGCUUAUGAAGUAAUCGGGCAGUAUAACAGGCUGCUUUUCAUUUUGUAAUAACCUAAAUCUUCUGUUGCUAUUUAAGCAGCCACUGAAAUAUAGUCUAGUAGAGGAUAUUUCUUUAAUAAAGUUUGGGAGUUGCUGUCCAAAAUGUCAGAUGCAUAGGAAGUGUCAAGUUGUUUGGAACAGCAGCAGACUAAUAUAUGCUGUAUAAACUAAGGAACAUAGUACAAUAUUAGUAUUUGGUAGUUCUCAUUAGAGAAUUGAGAAAAUGUAAAGUAAUGUAAUUUGUUAAUUUUCAGAACACACUGUAUAUAAAAUGUAGAAUUUAUGGAAUGUAUUUUACAUUAUGUAUAUUUUGUCUUUGGAAUAUAGUUUGUAAAUGUUUCAGAUCUCUGGAAUUAAGACAGAAGCUAGCAUAAUCUGCUUCUAAACAGGACAGAAACAGUAUUACAUUUUACUAAGCACUCAUAAAUAAAACCCUGAAAGCUAUGAUCAUA